UUCAUUCAAACUGGUCAGCGGAGGGAGGAGGUUGUGAUGGCGGAGCCGGGGCCGGAAGUGGCGGUGGUCGAUGCCCAACUUUCAGAGUUGGAAAGGAUCGAGGAGUCAGAAGAGUCCUGUGCCUCCCAGACAAAACUACUUGAGUCUGCCUCAGCCCAUGGCCCUUCCAGCAACCCAGAGCAUCUCUGUCCUGGAGACUGCAUGGUGCCUGUGGUGUUUCCAGGACCUGUGAGCUCGGAAGGCUGUUGCCGAUUUGCCUGUGAACUCCUAAAGCACAUCAUGUACCAGAGGCAGCAGCUGCCACUUCCCUAUGACCAGCUUACAGUCUUCUACUCUAAGCCCUCUCCCCAGGCCGAAGACAUGGUGAGGAAGAAAGCCGAGAGAAGCUAUAAGAAAUUCCAGCAGGCCUUGGUAGAGUUGGAGGGCAUCCUGAGCCACCUUGAGAGCCUCUUUGCCAGGACGCUGGUGCCACGCGUGCUGAUCCUUCUUGGGGGCAAUGCUUUGUGCCCCAAGGAGUUCUAUGAGCUGGACCUAGCUCGGCUGACCCUGGGCAGGAUGGGGCAAAGCCUCAGCAUGUCUGCUUGCCUACGCCGUCUCUUCCGUGCCCUCUUCAUGGCGGAUGCCUUCAGUGAACUGAAGGCUGCCCCAGCCAUGGGCACCAUCGUCAUGGCCCAGGGACAUCGUGAGUGUGGUGAGGACUGGUUCCGCCCCAAACUCAAUUAUCAGGUUCCUAAACGGGGCCACAAGUUGACUGUGACCUUGUCUUGUGGGGGUCCUCCUAUCCCAGAUUCUACCUGGGAUGAUUAUAUCUGGUUCCAGGCACCAGUGACACUCAAAGGCUUCCGUGAAUGAAGAGGCUUUUUGUUCUCAUGGACAGCACAGCUGGUUCAUCUGUUUCCCUAUGGACCAAGUACCUGGCUUGCCUGACAACUAAGCUGUUUAUUAACAAAAGGAUUUGUCCUGUUCCAGGGUUUGGUGCUUUUUCCCAGUUGGGCUUAUAAGGGUUGUAUUAUGGAGAUACAUUAUGAUAACUGAGCAGCCAAGUCUCCCACCUAAUCCCAAGGCUGAUUUCUCCUUCGAGGUGAUGGAUCAGUCAGUCUUUACUGGGGCUGGGAUGGGCCCAGGGCUGCUUUUGUGGAGUUCUCCUAACCUUGCUAAACUGUGGAUAACCUGAGCUAUAUGUUGUUGCCCUCCAAUGAAAUGACUUGGGUGUGAUUGACCCAGCUUGUAUAUAAAAAGGAAUGUAUUCAUAUUAAAAUUUCCUGAAUAUCCAUUGGC